AUGGAGUAUGUGAAGCUGGGGAACUCCGACCUCAAGGUCUCGCGCUGUUGCCUGGGAACCAUGACGUGGGGGCAACAAAAUACGAUGGAGGAGGGAGUGGAGCAACUAAACGUGGCGUUCGAUGAGUUUGGCGUGAACUUCAUCGACACUGCGGAGAUGUAUCCGAUCCCUGUCAAGGCAGAGACUCAAGGCGACACUGACAGGACCAUCGCUAAGUGGCUGAAGACGAAGAGGAGGGAGGAUGUGGUGUUGGCAACAAAAGUAGCGGGAUAUUCUGACAGGAUCACUUGGCUGCCUGGACGCGAUGGGAAGGGGAGCCGUGUGACCCGCAAGGAGAUCCUGACCAGCGUGGAUGAGAGUCUGAAGCGACUCAACACAGACUACAUUGAUCUCCUUCAGAUUCACUGGCCGGAUCGCCACAUGGGCAACCUCUUUGGGGCACCAGGAACGUAUGACAUCUCCAAAGUCUACGAGUCCGUCUCCUUCGAAGAGCAACUGCGGGCUUUCGACGAGCUGAUUCGACAGGGCAAGGUCAGAUACAUGGGAGUCUCCAACGAGUCGCCGUUCGGCGUCAUGAACUUUCACUUCUUGUCGAAGCAGCUGAAUCUUCCCCAAGUCGUCUCCAUCCAGAACUCUUACUCGCUCCUGAACCGUGUCGACUUCGAGACGGACCUUGACGAGGUCUGUGCCCCCAACAACUGCAACGUGGGACUUCUCGCCUACAGCCCUCUCGCAGGAGGAAUCCUGAGCGGCAAGUACACGGACAGCGCUGACCCUGAGGAGUCCAAGAAGUGGAGGCUGAAUCUGUUCGAAGGGUACAUGGCUCGCUUCAUGCAGUCCUCUGCUAAGAAGGCUGCGGACGAGUACGCUGCUCUUGCGAAGAAGUUCGGCAUGACGCCGUCAGAGCUUGCUCUUGCCUUCACCAACUCUCGCCCCUUCGUCGCCAGCACCAUCAUCGGCGCUACUACCCUGAAGCAGCUGCGAGAAAACAUUGGCGCCUUCUCCAUGGACUGGAACGAGGAGCUGGAGAAAGAGAUCGACAAGAUUUUCCGUGUGCACAAGGACCCAGCCAAGAAUCCCUUCCAGGACCCGCAGAGCGCGGUCGGGCAGCCAGUCUGGCAUCCUCGUGUUCCUACCGAGCAGGUCAAGGGCGUUGCAGUCAACAAGUGA